AUGGAUAAAAAUGGUGAUUCUGGUUAUAAGGAUACAAUUGAAGAAUUUCAUGAUACUGUUAGCGAAGACGACAAUCGUUCCAAACGAAGAGGGGAAGAGUUGGAUGAAUUUAAAAGACAACUAACUAUUAAGCGUGAACAGAGAAAAGAAAUUUUAUUGAGACAUAGAACUGAAAAAAAAGAAUUAGAGAAAUCUUUGGAAAAUGAAACUAGAGCCAAAUUAGAAUUAGUUGAAAAAAAUAAACUUCUACGUGAAUUAUUGAUUCAAAAUAAUAUUGAUAUACCGGAAGAAUUGCAAGCUUCCAAGGAAAACUCCGAUGUUUUAAAUGCUUUACUACAAAUGAAAGAAGAAGUAGAAAAAUUAAAAUUUAACAACAACAAAUUAAGGUGUGAACUAGCAAAAUCUAAUAACGCUUUGCAAGAUGCUUAUUCCGAUAUUGCAGGUCUUAGUGCCCAAAAUACAGAAUCCAUUAAACAGAUCAAUUCGCUUAAAGAAGUGAUUAACGUCAGCAAAACCAUGAUUAAUUUACGGGAACAACAACUGAACGACUUGAAAAAAAAGUUGCAUGAAAUUGAGCAGUCACUAGCAGAUAGGGAGACGAAAAUGUUAUCCGCUGAUUUAAGACAAGAAUAUGAACGUCAACUCCAAAAUAUUCGUACAUUACGCGGCCUUUAUGAAGAAAGAGCACGAUUAGCUGAAGUAACUAGGCAAGCAUUGCAGAGGGAACUAGAGGAACAAAAAGAAAUUAAUCAAAUUGAAAUCAAAAAGCGAAACGAAUUAAAUGCAAAAGUAGUAGAACUUGAAACAUACGUGAGUACGCUGGAAGAAUCUAUUGAAGAUAAAAAUAAUCAAAUAGUAUCAUACCAAAAUGAAACCGGUGGCCUAAAAGCUGAAAUGGAUGUAGUCAAUAAGCUAUUUUCACAAGUACUUCUGGGAUACAAAAAUAAACAAGAUUUAGAUAAACUCAUUAUUCGUCUUGAAGAGAACCAUGGUAUACUUACACAAAUGGCUGGGCAAGAUAAUGGGUCAGAAACUUCAUCGGCUUUACCCAAACUUUUAUUGCAAUUAGUUAGUCAAGUGGAAGACACGGAAGAAACUAAUUCAACUAUCAUGUCAAAUGAAGAUAUGAAAGAAUCAGAAGAUGAAAACAAACAGGCAAGGAAAACAGCCACUGAAAACUCUGGAAACGCUACAGUAGAAGAAAUUGUACAAAACCUUCCAAAAGUUUGGAGAGUACUCAUGGAGCUAUUGAGUCAUCAAGCUGUGCCAGAUGUGAAUAAUACCGCGAAAGUAACAACUUGUUAUAAAUCAGUGGACACUAAGUCAGGACCGGUAUUAGUACCAAGUGUUAGCCAAACUUAUAUCAGAUUAAAGGAUUUGAUUAUCGAAAAAUUAACACUAAUUAAAGAAGUUAACCGGAUGAAACAACUCAAUGGACACUUGGAAACGCGCUUACAAGAACAAGAACGCCGACUAUGUCUAGUAACAACAGAAUUGAGCAAAACCUGGCACGUCGUAGGCCGCCUUCGAAGACAUCAUCAUCAAUUACACACACAUGAAAAGAUACUUAAGUAUGAAUUACAACAGAAACGAAAACUGCUUAACGAACUGAAAGAAGAACUGCAAUACUGCCGGGAGAAGUGGGAACAAGCCCGCGAGAAAAAUUCGCAAUCUGAAAAAGAUUGGAAAAAGUUGCGAGCAGAGUUUUCAAGUAGAAAACUAAAAUCUACCUCAACAUCUAUUAAUAAUUCAGCGGAAAGUGGUUACAGUGACGAAAGACCUUCUGAUGAAUCAUCAGAGUCAAACGAUGAAAGUAAAUAUAUAAAAGAAUCGCCAGUAAGAUGUAAGAAGAAAGUUAAAAAAUCUUUCAAUACAGUAAUAGACUCAAGUGCAGAAUGUAAUUUAGCUGCAGAAAGAGAGGAUCCUGCGAGUGACAUGUUGGACGUUGCUGAAUUGCCACUAGACAAUCAAGAUCCUGAACCAUUAGAGACAUCUGCUUCUUGCAACAAUGAACAUUUGAAUACAUAUGAGCAAGAUUAUGAAGAAACAGAAGAUGAAGUCGGUGAUAUUGGUAACGACUCGUGCUUAGAAGAAUAUUCUAUAGUAGAACCCUUUGAAGAUAACAGCGAAUCGUGUAAACAAUUAACUGAUACUCAAGGAGCAAUCGAUCCUCUGACGAUUUUAAGCAGCAUAAAGGAACAAAACGAAAUGCUGGCCAGGAAAGACAAAAAAUUAGAAACACUUGAAAAAGACAGCAAUUUACUUCUUAAAAAAACUCAAACAGUAUCAAAAUUAGGCGACCAAAUUAAUAAUACACUGGAUCAUUUAAUUAAUCGGCCUUCAUCUAGUAAACAUAACAAUGAAAUUUACAGUAUUCAGUUAAAAGGACCAGAAAAAACUGAAUCAAAUUCAUAUAUAGAAAUAAAUCAAACUUCUCAUCGAGAUGAUAACGCAACGGCAUCAAACUAUCUAGAUCAAAAUCGAUCAAUACAAAAUACAUCCUUAACUGAUGGUGAAAAUUUACCCUUGCAAAACAAAAAUGAAGCAACUAAAACGCCACUUCCCUCAAAUAAUUCGUCAACAUCUAUACAACCCUCUCUAGAUUUUAAUACUAUUAUGGAAAAUAUCAAACGACAAAAUGAGCAUCUUACGUUAAAGGAUCAAAGACUGCAAAAUUUAGAAAGUGCUUGCUCCGAUGUACUAAAUAGCAUUACAAGUACCCUUAACACAGGUGAACAAAUUUCGAAUAAAUUAGCGACACUUCAUAGUAAGUAUCACAAAUCCAGAGAUUGUAUGCCUCAACCGAGUGGAUCUGUAAUGGAUGUGGUUAAAAGUAAUUUGGAAACCGCAAAUGUUCAACCCGAUUUAUCGACAUCCAACGAUCUGAAACAUGAAGCGAUAUUUGCCGCUCGCGAUUUAAGAUUAAAGAGGUUGGAGGAGCAAACAAAAUCUCUCGUAAAUAAAGUUAACAAGACUGCAACAAAAGGAGUGAAAAUACAUUAUAAGUUAGAAGAACUUCACAAUAUUUACGGGUCUGAAAACUCUCGCGCUAGUACACCUUCAGAAGAUAAUGAAGAUAGUUCUCAAAGUAGCACCUCCGAGAAAGAAAACGAUUAA